AUGCUAUCACCACCUGCGCCGUUGAACAUUCCCCCAUCUCGAGCUCGUCGUCAGCUAGCCGCACGCCUAGCAGCUCAGAAAGAACGGGCUGAAGCCGCCGUUUCCUCACCUCCCUCGGACGACAUUUCUAAGGACUCUGAAAAUACCGCUUCUGGCGACAGUACCCAAUCAAUGAACUACAGUUUUGGCCUUAGCUCUAUCAUGGACCCCUUCGGAUCAUCGGCACAGGGGACCGACGGUUUUGGCUCGUCCUCAGUGGGAAAUACAUCGUCAUACGGUGCAUUUACUUCCCCUUUUUCGGCAUACGGAAGGCCGUCUUCCCCUCCGUCUUCCCUGUCUAGUUUCCCUCACGUCAAUAUGUAUUCGUCCAACUCCUCCGACGAAGGUGACGAACUGUCCACCGAAGCUGUACAACGAAAAGGUCGACUUCCGCUUGAGGUAGACGACGAUGAUACGGAUGAGAUGAGUGAUAUAGUUGGGCCUCAUACGGAACUCGUUUCGACUUACUCCGACGAGGAAGAUGGGACGCUAGUAGGAGAGCCUUUAGGGUAUUCCAACUUUUUUGAGAGUGCGCCGUAUGGUAGCAGUACAUCGGGGACUAGGAUGCGAAAUGCUGGGGGGAAUGUAUUGCUUGACUCGAAAGAUCGAAAUGACAGCAGCGAUGGCGAAGAGGAUGAUGGCCUUGUAGAGAUUUUAGUGCCAGGAAGGAAAUAAUGACCGAAUUCCUUUUGGUAUAUGAUUAUCUUCUAUGUUCGAUGCAUUGCGCACUUUGUUUUUUCUUCUGUUUAAUCUGUUCACUCUUUCCCUUAUGGUCCGUGUUGUCUAAAGGCCCUUUUUUUCCCCCCAUCCUCCAGAUGUCCUCCAAACAUUGGCUUUACCAUUGUAUCCCUUCGCUGUUACCUCUUACCUGAUCCUCGCAUUAUACACCCAAAAGAAAGUGGAUUCCGGUCCUCCCCCUUUCUAUUAAUCUGGAUAAAUGGUCUUCAGUAUCGACAUUGUACAACAUAUAUUGU